AGAGAAAGGACCUGCACCGUUCACACUUCUAUAAAUCACUUCUGCCCUGAAGACUCCUAUUACUCCAUCUCGCCAACACCACACACAUCCACUUACACAACCCAAAACCGCCCUACAAAUUCCAACAAUAUGCCUGCCCGACAAGAAGCCUACUCCGUCAGCAUCCCCAUGUCUGUGCCUCCCCCACAGAACCUCUCCAGCUACUCGAGGUUUAUGCACGACCACACCAAGCGCCAGAUGCAGGCUUUCGGUGCCAACCCAGGCUCCCGCCGCCAUGGCAACCCUACGACAAUGAACGGCACCAGCCACAACAACAACCACAUCGGCUAUCACGCAUGAACAUCAAUCGCGGAAAGACAGUUCAUCUCCUGUUAGGAGAUUCUCGGAAUAUCAAACAUCCCUACCCCUGAGGUGGGAGUUCAAUUCUCCCCCUCAUGACAUCACCGCCCACGACUUGAUCACUAUCCUGGCGGUGGCGACUU